CAUUAGGAGGUUAGAGAAUUAGGUAAAUUCCUCCAGAGAGAGAAGGGCCUACAACUUGCAGUGUGAGCUUGAGUAUCUUUAUGUGAACAACCAGCAUCCCCAUUUUUCCCUAGUUGAUUGUAUUGUUUUCAGGUAAUCUUGAAUUCAAGUGAGACUUGAGUGCCUUCAUCAUGUAUUGGAUAAGCAGCUUUGACUGUCACCGUAAUGUUAGACUGGCCUUGGAAGUUUUGCUGCUACUUUGCUGGAUUGUGAUGGAAGCAUUAGCAGGAACUAGUUGACUGGGGAAAAUCAGGGAGUUUUCAUACAUACAUGGAAACCUAAGAUACACAUACCGAGGAUUUGCAAAAUAGCUGCAUGGGUUGAGUUUGGACUUUGAAGGACUCUGUGUCUGGUUUAAGUUCCUCAAACUGAAAAUGACCUAAUACAACAGCAGCAGCAGCAGCUUUCAUUUACACACAUUUCGACUUUUUUCCCCAAGCCUGAUUAGUUUCCCCAUACGUGUAUUGCAUUUUCACCACCUCCUUUGUCCAGGGUGGGGAAGUCCAGGGUUGUAAAACCACGUUAUUUCCUUCGGAAGAUUGCCGACCCCACCACGUGUGCUUCUCACGGGGACAUCAUCACAUGACUUCUGGCUUUAAAAUUUUUUGUACACAUCCAUUCUUGUUUAGACACCUGCAGAAUAUCAGCUAGUACUGAUUUUUGAGUGUACUAGGUACUGGAAUUGGAGUUGUGUAACACUGAUCAAUUUUAGCAUAUUUUCUCAACACCGAGCAUUUUCAUGGAAAGGAAAGUUUGUAGUAAUUUUAAAAUUAUUUUUUCUUUCAAAAAUUAGUGUGGUUCUAUUAGGUACCUACAUUCAAGAGAUUUGCAUCAUUCUCAAGGCUGAGAACAUCCUUUCCAUGUACUUUAUCAAAUACAUCAUGAAGAAUUUGAUUAAUGAAAAAUGGUUCCUUGAAAUUAUUUAGAAUUAAAAAAUCCGAAAUUAACCCUUCCUAAAUUGUUUCCUGUCCCUGUUGAGGAAAAAGAAACAUGAAAUUUUUUGCAGAACUAUACUUUUAAAUACUAGUGUACUUAAAGAACAAGAGUAAAACAUUUUAAAGUGUGAGCAUUGUGUAAUAAGGUAGUUUUUUCUCAGUCAAAUGGCUUGAAUGCAUCUGUUCUCUCAGUGUUACACGACAUUUUUACUUUUCUUCAUCCUUUUUUUUUUUUUUUCUUUUGUUGCAGUUCGUCAGAAUAAAGUGUGUUUUUAAGGGCAAAUAACUUGAUAGAUCUGCGGUAAAAUACAGCUGUAUGAGGACUCUCUCCCCAUCACCAAGGGUGCAGAAGCAGCUGAAGUGUAACUCCCGAACCAGCCGUGGCACUGCAGGAUUAGGGAUGGGGAAGUGUGCUCGAGCACAUGCCCAGGGAAGUCAGCACAAAGUUUCCCAAUCACUUAAUCCUGCCUCUGCACUCCAAUCCCGUAGUAGGACGGAUUAGGCUGUAGUCGAAUGCUGGACAAAUCCAGGAUGAUAUUUUUGUUCAGAUUUACAGUGGAUAGUAAAACGCGCCAGAUUUCUUCUGGGUUUAUGUGAGACAGCCUGUAAAAAUUUAACCCGUCAAAAAUAUUUAAUAGAUUGGGAUUGCAGAAUGAGGCUGUGCUGGAGCAGCAUGAUCCACGCCGGCAAAACCCUCUGCCUGGGGGCUUUCUGUGUCUUCGGCAACAGCAGUGAAACGCUAUCAGGCACACGAGGACAAAAAAAAAUUAGUACUCCCCCUAGCUUCUGCAUUUGCUUCUCUGGAAAACGUGAUUAAGUCAGCAUUCCUGAGAAAGGUGAAGUACUUUUCGACCUUUGAGUUCGGAAAAGGUGCGCGACUGGCAGUGUCCCCACAGGCUGAUUAAAGCUCACAGGGUCUUCAGAGAAAAUGACGUGCAGCCCCCAUACACCCGCAGGUCUAACUUUCUUUUACCGUAUACAACCUUCGGUUCCUCUCUUCCCGUGUUUAUCCACUUUAGUUGGAUGAAAGCUGAGGAGGAAGAGGAGGAGGUGCUCUGGCAGUUCAGCAGCCAUCAAGGAAGGCUGCUUUGGCGGCGGGGGGUGCUCCUUUGGUAGGCUCUGGGGGGAGAAGAAAAGCCUCUCUGGGUAAUAGGAGUCGCUCCUCGAGUGCCACCUGCUCCGCUCGCCUCUUCUGACUGUGUUUUGAGGUGAAUUUUCUCAGGCACCGAGGAGCGUCCCCCUUCCCCGGCAGGGCCCUCUCUCCGUCGCGUCCCGUCCCGUCCCUCCCCGGGACGCGUUGCCAGGGGCGCGGCUGCGGCCCUCAGCGGCUCCAGGCCUGGCGGCGGCAGCGGCGCGGCCGAACCGCGAAGCAAAGGAAGAAUGAAGUCAACAAAGGUUCGUGAGUCAUCAUUUUUGGAAUCUCAUGAUCCCAUUCUUUUGGAUAUUCCUGUCUCUAGAGAGCAGAUGAAUCACUAUCGAGCUGCAGCUGAAACUGCUCAGAGUGAACUUGCAGCACUUUCAGUGAAGUAUGACUGUGCCCAGUCAGAGCUUCUUAAACUCAGGUCUACCAUCAUCAAUAAAGAAGCUUCUUUUCAAGAGCUGAAGGCUGAAGCUGAAAGUUAUAAGGAAAACAAUGCUAGACUGAUGUCUCGCCUCCUGUCUUUGCAAACACGAAUGCAGGAGAUGGAGGAAGAGCUGUGUGUGCUCGCCACUUCUAAAAACCAGGCUGAGCUGUCAGCUCAGGUGACAUAUAAGGAAAAUUUGGAGCUGAAGGAUGAGCUUCAUGAGAAAAGUACCAAACUUAAUAAAUAUUUGAAUGAGUGUGAGGAAGACAUGACUCAAGCUUCUAAAAUCAGCAAAAACUAUGAAGAGCUCCUUACACAUCUUUCUGGAUUCUUGGACAUAGACAUCAGAGAAAAAGAGAAACCACAGGAACAUUUAACAUCAAAGGUCUCUGAAAUAUGUAAAGAAAAUGUGACACUAAAAGACCAAAUUGCUGCUCUUCAAGAAGCUGUGAAUGUCCAUGAGAUGGAGUCUAAAGCUAACAGAGAAACUAUCAUGAGACUAGUUUCAGAAGUGGCCAAGGAGCAGAAAAAGGCAGCUGGAUACUACCAAGACAUGGAAAAACUUAGUAAGGAUGUUGACAGUGCUAUAAUAAAGAGACAGAGUUUAGAGCUGGAGAUCAGAAACCUCCAAGAGAAGCUGACAGUUAACCAGAAAGCUUUGGACACCUCAAAGCAGGAACUGCACAAUCUGAAGAAAUCUUCCAGGGAGUUAGAUGCAAGCUUGAAGAGUAGCAGAGAAGAGGCCAGGGCUGCUCAGGACUCUUUAGAAGCUUUUAAAGAAGAAAUUGCUACCCUGCUCAGCUGUGGAUCUGAAAUAGUUAAACCUUCUGAGAAGACCAUUUUGGAGAGGAUCCAAGAAAUAAAUUGCAAAGAGGAGAAUAAAGAAAUAAUGGUAUCUCAGCUUGAAACACAAUUAGUUAAAUUGACUAAAGCUUUGGAGAAUCAGACCAGAUUGUACCAUGAAGCCCUGGAGAGGACCAGGAAAGCUGAAAAAUGUUCUGAGAAUUUCCACAAUCAAGUGAAGCACUUGGAAGAAGAAUUAUUAACUGGAGACCUGAUGCAAGAUGGUUUGAAGCUUGAGAAACAAAAAUAUCUUAAAUUUCUGGAGCAACUUAAUGAGAAGAUGAAGCUGGAUAGUCUAUCAGCAGAGGUUGGAUUUGAUAUGACUAUGGAUGUGAUUCUGGCCCGGGUAGAGCAGUUGGUGAAACUGGAAGGUGACGCGGUAGUUGAGAACAAGACUGUGGCAUACAGCCUCCGAAGGAAGUUGAAGGCUCAGAAAGAAAAACUUGAAAGCAGAGAGCUGCACAUGAACCUUCUGCGGCAGAAAAUAACCCAGCUGGAAGAAGAGAAGCAAGUAAGGACUGCCUUAGCUGUGGAAAGGGAUGAGGCCAAUCUCACUGUCAGAAAGUUACAUAAGAUGAUAGAGAGGCUACAGAAGCAGCUUGAUCUGGCAAGGGAAACAAAUAUGGAUCUCAAAGCCAAGCUGUCUGAAACCAGUGAGCUUAAGAUCAAAACUCUGGAACAGAACAAAACAAUAGAGGAACUUAGUAAGUCUCAAGGCAAAUUGGAAAGAAUGAAAGAAAAAGCUGAGAAACAACUCAGGUCUGCCAAAUCAGAACUUCUUUUAAAGGAGCGUAAAGCUACUGAAGAUAAAGAAAAAACCAAAAAUAUGUUAGAAGCAGUUACCAGUGAGGUGAAGGUGCUUAAAACUACCCUUGCAGAACUAGCAAAAAGAGAGAGACAGCUGGCAGAUUUCCGAGAGGUGGUCUCACGGAUGCUGGGCCUCGACACUGCCAGCCUGGCUCUUCCUGACUAUGAAAUCAUUACACGCCUUGACGGGCUGAUUCACUCCCAUCGGCACCACUUCUUCCCCUGCAUCUGCCUCAAAGACAUGGCAAGGACCCCAGAGGAGCAGCAAAGGAACAUCCAGCUUCUUCACUGAACCGAGAUGGAACAAAGUGAAUUUUCUCUUUGCUUCCUUGCCUGCUGGACCUCCACAGAAAACAUCUCUGUUUCUGUUCCCUACUCCAGAGACAACAACUAGGGCUGAUUUUUAGAACUUCAACAGAGAGACUGAUAGAAAUGGGUAGAGUAAAUCCAGCAGCCUGGAGAUGGCAAACAGAAAAUCCCUGGGCAGCUUAAUACUUCAAUUAUGAAAAUGAUGGGAAACACAUCAAUGAUGCUCUCAAGUUUCAGUGCAGAGGCAUUGAAGUCAUGGGUCACCAAGGUCAGUACACAAUUUUGAGAAGUUACUGGAUGUCUGCUUCAGUGGCAUUCCUUGUGUUUUACCUGCAGUUGACAAGGCUGAAAUCAAGUAGGGGUUGUCCUGCUGAUGUUCUUCUUGCCACCUGGGAACAUCUCUGCAUUUUUACACUUAAGGGCUUUAGACAGUUGUCUGCAAGUUAGAGGAUUAUCUCAAUUUUGGAACAAAAGGUUGUCUUUUUCUUCUGUUGGUUUCUUUUGUCUGCUCAUGUGGCAAAACAAAAAAUUACAUUUUUGCAGCAAAGGCUUUCUCACAGGGUCCCAUCACGUGCCACGUAUAGAUAUAUUUGGUAAAAUUGAGUGUUGGCCUUGGUCAUGAUGUCUUGAAAAUUUUCCUUCCAGCUGCUGUAUUCCUCGGGCAAUUAAUCCACAGUGGCAAUUCUUCUGAGUUAAUGAAAAAUUAUUUUAGAAUUCUUGUUCACUACAGAAAAUAGUUGAGCUACUUAAGUGUUUAUUUUCAGAGAAGGGAUGAUUUUGAGGUGUACAAAACUACCUCUUAGUCAUAAAAACUGCUUUCUGAGUGUUGUUAAACUUCAUGAUUUUUUAAAAAGAAAUGUGGACAAUAAAUCUCUUUUAAUAGCACA